GGGACAAGGCCAGCUGGUGGACUGACGGGUUUUUUCUUUGGUCUUUUUGUUUUCUUCCUUUUUCUUCAACGUCGACUUGCUUGCGGUGCCAUUUCGAGUCGGUGUUCUUGGUUGUAAAAGAGACGAGUCACGCAUAAGCAAAGACUCUACUGGGCCUUACUCAGUACCGGAAGACGACAUACUUUUGAACCCUCCCUUUUAUCUACUUUUUUCACCCUUGUCGCCAUGUCAAUCUACAAUUUCAAAAAGGUGCAAGUCGUACCGUCCGCGACGGACUUUGUCGACAUUGUUCUUUCAAAGAUUCAGCGCAAGACGCCUACGGUCGUCCACGCCCACUACCAAAUCUCCAGGAUUCGUCAAUUCUAUAUGCGCAAGGUCAAGUUUGCGCAAGACUGCUUUGAUGAAAAGUUGGAACAUAUUUUGGGUGAUUUUCCAAAGUUGGAUGAAAUUCACCCAUUCUACGCCGAUUUGAUGAACGUACUCUACGACCGUGACCAUUACAAACUUGCUCUGGGUCAAAUUAACACGGCAAAGCAUCUCAUUGACAACGUGGCAAAAGACUAUGCCCGCUUACUCAAGUUUGGUGACUCUCUCUACCGAUGCAAACAGCUUAAAAAGGCGGCUCUCGGACGGAUGGCCACCAUCAUGAAGAGACAAAAGGACAGUUUGGCAUAUUUGGAGCAGGUUCGACAGCAUUUGGCCCGUUUGCCAAGCAUCGAUCCCAACACCCGAACAUUGCUGGUCUGUGGGUAUCCAAAUGUGGGGAAGAGUAGUUUUAUGAACAAGCUGACGAGAGCGGAUGUGGAGGUGCAACCCUACGCAUUCACAACAAAGAGUUUGUUUGUUGGACACAUGGACUAUAAAUACCUGAGAUGGCAGGUGAUUGAUACCCCUGGAAUCCUCGACCACCCGUUGGAAGAGCGCAACACUAUUGAAAUGCAGUCCAUUACGGCACUUGCUCAUCUUCGUGCAUGUAUCAUGUUCUUCAUAGACCUGUCCGAACAAUGCGGCUACAGCAUCGCUGAGCAAGUUAAACUUUUCCACGCCAUCAAGCCUCUAUUUGCCAAUAAGCCGACUCUUCUCGUGAUCAACAAGAUCGAUGUUAUGAGGCCAGAGCAACUUGGACCCAAUGAGAAGGCUUUGAUUGACGAGAUUUUGAGCGAUGAUGAAGUGACGAUGGUGCAAAUGAGUACCUUCACCGACGAAGGAGUAAUGGAUGUGAAGACAACUGCCUGUGAUAAGCUUCUAGCAGCGCGUGUUGAGAUGAAGAUGAAGGGGCAAAAGGUUGGCAAUAUUCUGAACAAACUCCACUUGUCUCAACCGGUGGCACGCGACGACCGAGAACGUCCUGCCGCUAUUCCGGAAAGUGCAAAGAUCCGCGUCAAGUAUGAUCCCAAUGACCCUAACCGCCCGAAACUGGAGAAGGAUAUCGAAAGAGAACAGGGUGGUGCAGGUGUUUACAACGUUGAUCUCAAGAAGGUGUAUCGCCUGGAGAACGACGAAUGGAAAUAUGACACUAUCCCCGAGAUCAUGGAUGGAAAGAACGUUGCAGACUUUGUUGACCCUGAGAUUGAAGCCAAGCUGGAUGCCCUUGAGCGAGAAGAGGAGCGUCUUAUCGCCGAAGGAUUCUACGAGGAGGAAGAGGAGAUGGUUGACGAAGAGGAGCAAGCCAUUCGGGAUGCGGCUUCUGAAAUCAAGGCCAAAAAAGAGCUCAUUGUUCAAGCACAUCGUGCAUCCAAAGGCAAGAAUCGACCCGUCAUUCCCAAAAAGUCUCAAAUGCGGACUGUGGACGAUCUGGAAAAGCAACUGUCAACAAUGGGAGUGGGCGCUGAUGCUCUGCUCGAUCGUGCACGAAGCAGAACUCGUAAAAGGGCGCGAUCAGAGUCACGAGCGGAGGAUAUUGUGCGGGAACAGAGUAUGGCUCCGAGCAGCAAGAAACAGGCUACGAGUGUCGUACGGGACCGCAGCGUAAUGGGAUUGCGGAAUGCAAAGCAAAAGGCAGUUGCGGAAAGUAUGAAGAAAAAGUCACAAACGCAGUCAAACUUGUACGCCAAGGCUGGAGAGUCCGACCGCGCCAUCCAGGUCAAAAAGCCCAGACAUCUGUUUGCUGGCAAGCGCAGUACUGGAAAGACAGAUCGUCGUUAGGUAUACGGCAAAAAUGGUGGGAAGGGGAAUGGGGAUUUUUUUUUUCUUUUUGUAUUUUAUUUAAUUAUGAGCUGCCGUUUAUUUGUCAAUGUGUAUAAUACAUACAUUCGCGUUGAAUGAUAUAUUCUGCGCGUAGACUUGCAAAA